AUGGCUGUAGCGUUCUGGGUAUUGGCUUUAGCCAGCCUCAGCUACCCUCUAGCCACAGUCAAUGCCCAAGCACCAUCAGGUUCACCCUCCAACUUGCCAACUUCAACCCCUACAGCACCCUCUACAUUGCCAACCACAACUCCAACUGCCCCAUCAACAUUGCCAACGACAACUCCAAAUGCACCCUCAAAAUUGCCAACUACAACUCCAAAUGCACCCUCUACAUUGCCAACCGAACCUUCUCCCUCUUCUGGCACACCAUCAGUAUCCAAACAACCACCUGUUGUGGCUGCAACUCCUUCCACCUCAAAGAAGCCAUCAGCAGCAACUUCUCCCACUUCUAGCAAAUCACCACCAACUACUCAGUCUCCUGUGAAGUCAACAGUUCCCAAAGUUACAUCUCCAACAUCAUCUACACCUGUGAAAUCACCGGUUCCCAAAGUUGCAUCUCCAACAUCAUCUACACCUGUGAAAUCACCGCUUCCCAAAGUUGCAUCUCCAACAUCAUCUGCUCCUGUGAAUUCACCUGUUCCCAAAGUUGCAUCUCCAACAUCAUCUGCUCCUGUGAAAUCACCAGUUCCCAAAGUUGCAUCUCCAACAUCUUCCGCUCCUGUGAAAUCACCGGUUCCUAAAGUUGCAUCUCCAAUAUCGUCCGCUCCUGUGAAAUCACCGGUUCCUAAAGUUGCAUCUCCAACAUCGUCUGCUCCUGUGAAAUCACCGGUUCCUAAAGUCUCAUCUCCAACAUCUGCUCCAGUGAAAUCACCGGUUCCCAAAGUUACAACUCCAACAUCUGCUCCUGCAAAAUUACCGGUUCCUAAAGUAACAUCUCCAACAUCUGCUCCUGUGAAGUUACCAGUUCCAAAAGUUAUAACUCCAACAUCUGCUCCUACAAAACUACCAGUUCCCAAAGUUUUACCACCAACUUCUACUCCGGUGAAAUCACCUAUGCCUAAGAUUUUACCACCAACCUCCACUCCUGUAAAAUCACCGAUACCCAAAAUUACACCUCCAAAAAUAGCUCCUGUGAAACCACCUAUUCCCAAGGUUACACCAGCAUUAAGUCCAAAACCCCCAUCCCCCAAAAUUCCACCACCACAACCUCCUAAAAAAGCACCUAUCCCAUUGCCACCAGCGGUUUCACCCCCACCAUUGCCAUUACCACCAGCUGAUUCACCACUGAUACCUCCUCCAAAAGUAUCCCCAACACCAGCCAAAGCACCAACACCAACCAAAGAAACACCAGCACCAGCACCUGCACACAAAAAGAAAGCACCAAAAGCAUCACCUGUUCCUUCACCACUAAGUAACACGCCAGCACCUGCACCAAUUGAAACACCAACC